AUGUCGCAAAGAAUUGGAACGUCGGCAGUAGCAUUGACCAGGGUGUGGCACCACGUGGACGUGGCUGCAGACCCUAGAACCUUGGGUCGUUUAGCUUCAGCUAUUGCCAUUACUUUACAAGGGAAGCACAAGCCAACUUAUUCUCCAAACAGAGAUCAUGGUGACUAUGUAGUGGUUACCAACUGUUCCCAUUUGAAGACCACUGGUAACAAGUUGACAGACAAGACUUACUGGUCCCAUACAACCCGUCCAGGUUCCUUGAAGUUGAUCCCAAUGAAGGAUAUGAUUGCAAACAAGGGACAUCAUGAAGCACUCAGAAGAGCUGUGAAAGGUAUGAUUCCAAGAAACAAAUUGAAGUGGGCUCGUUUGGAUAGAUUGAAGUUGUACGAUGGUGAUGAACAUCCUUACAAGGAAAACCUCAUUGCAUUUGCCGAUGAAGCACCAGACAUGAGAGCCAAGUUGGCAGAAUUAGAGAGAAAGGAAGCUUCUAUGGAAGCCCUUCGUCAAAAGUUUUUAUCAAAGUAA